AUGGCCAUGGACAUAGUCUUUGAAGCAUGGUUUGCAGCCAUUCGUUCUCGUGCUAGUGCUCUAGUGAAGGCUGCAGAGAGGGCCAUCACUGAUGUCCUUAAAGUUCUGUAUUCUCAGAAAUACAUGAAGACUAAUGAAGGGAGCUUACCUGUCUAUGACUACUGCAUUUCCAAAAUGCAUUGGAAUGAUAAUAGAAUCAAGAAAAAGUUUGGAAAUGAAAAAUUUCUGAAAUGUGAUAUUAGAAAAGAGAAAAUGGUUGAUGUGAAUUUUGCAUACAAAAACAAUACCGAGAGCUUUAAGUGGCAAAACCCCUUUACUUGGAUGAAUGACGAGUGGUAUGUAAGCUUUAAAAGUGGCGCAAUGCCUAAAACAGUUUUAGAAGAGAUUUACUCUCCCUUGAAAAUUGGAGACACCAACACAAAAGUAAGAAAAGAGCACUUGCUGACAACUACCAAGAGAGUAGCGGGAGAAGAGGUCAUAACUCCAGUUUUGCUGCUGAACGGUGUUACAGGUUCAGGAAAGACUGUUCUCUGUUAUCAUCUUGUACAGAAUUGGUGUGAUGGAGCUAGCAAAAUUGAUGAACUUAAUAAUUUUGAUUUAGUGUUCCUUAUCGAACACAGCAAAGUCAAGUCAGCUCUUUUUAAAAAUGUAAUGAGGGAGCAGAUGUUGACCAAAACUUGCAGAGAUUUUCAGAUAGAAAAUUUUUUUAAGUUUUUGAAAGGGCUUGAUAUACUUUUUAUCAUAGAUGGGUAUGAUAAAAGUACGAAAGAUAAUUUUCCCAUUGUAGAUGAAAUCUUUGAGCACUUGAGCGACAAACGCAUCCUGAUGACCACCCGACCCGACUGUCUUGCAAACACCACAGUACUUAUGUUGAAUAAUCAUGUUAAUUUUCAUAUUGUUGAAGUAUCAGAGCUGGAUGACCCUUCACAAGCUAAAAUUGUUGAAGAUGUUCUCAAACAUAAAUUUAAAGAUCCUGAAAUAGUAGAAACAGCAUUUAACGAAUUUUCAUAUCAUCAUAAAGGCUUUGGAAUGAACAUUCUAGAUCUCAUUAGACUGCCACUUACUGCUUGUCUUUAUGUGGUUCAGUGGAAAUCAGAAGAGAUGGAUGUGAAAUCUGCAACUAAAUUCUAUGAUUCUUUAUUCAUCCUCAGUACUAAGAAGUUAAUAAGUCGUAAGAGCUGGAACAGUGAAGAUACUCUUGCAAAAUUAUUUAAAAAACUGCCUUGUAUAUUGGGAAAAUUUGCCUGGAACCUGCUCAGGUCUAACAAACAUAUUCUAGAAGAAAAUAUGAAAAUGGAAAUUAUGUAUUUCUUCCAAGAUCUCCAUGUUGAUCUCGUUGACGUGCUGUUGCCAUAUCUAACUUGCUAUUUCAAUCCUUACUCACAGCCUAUUGAGAUGGAAUUUUCGUAUAUUAAUAGUCCUCAGCAAGCAUAUUAUGCUUCCAGAUACUUGGUAAACUCCAUAAAAGCUAAGAAAAGCACUGUCAGAGAUAUUCAAACUGAAUUGGAUAAUUUCAAAAGCAAUCCAGUAGUUCUUUUGUUUUUUAUUGGACACUUGAUUUCUCAAAAUAUGGAUAAUCUGAUAGUGCAGGAAGUUUUGAGCAUUAUCCACAAUGCCAGCGUGAAAGCAGAAAGUUACAGCUAUUGGUGGAGCCUCUAUGUUGAGAGUGAAGGUAAUGAAACUGUAAGCAUUUUCAUUGCAGAAACAUGUUUGCCUAAAUUUCACUGGGUAGUAAAUAGCAAGACUGUUGUUCCUGCUCUCAAGCUUCUUGCUUCUUGUCCAGUUCAGCUUGAGAGUUUAAAGAUUGAUAUACCAAACUCAGUCGAUCCUUUUGACAUACCAGAAUUCUUACCUCUUAUGAAGUCCCUCCCUGACAAAUUGCAUACUCGAUAUGGUAAGAAAAAUGCUAUUGAAGUGGAGUUGCAUUUUUGGCAUCAUGACGAAAAGGGAGGCUCUCAGCCAUCGGAUAAGUUCCUCCGCACCCUGUUUCCAUGGGGAAUUUUGGUGAACUUUACAGGUGAACUAGGAUCACAAAAAGUAGGAAGUGGAAUGCUCUUCAAUCCAAGUGAACUGAGAACUAUACGCGCUCGACUGAAUACUCCAGGGGCCCUCCGAUCCCUACAGGUCAUUGUCAAACAUCUGCCGCCACUCUGCAGGGUUGUCCGCAUCACAAUUGAUAUUCCAGAAGACUGUGAUCCAGCUUCUUUUGAGCAACUUCAUUGCCCAAAUUUAGAACUUAAUUUUCAAGAAAUAUCUCUUGAAAAUAAAAACUGGAUCAUUAAGGCCAUUAAAGCUAUUGGCGGAAGAAAUGGCAUCUGGAGGGCAUGCUUUAACACCUGCACUAUGGACGUGGAGUGCCAGGCAGCCCUCAUAAAAGAUCUUGCAGGACUCAUAACGAAUAAAUUAUCAAUCCGCACCAUCAUGGAUAUGGAUGAGUACAACAGAAAAAGCUGCAACAGCUUGCUACUUUUACUGUCAACUCUGAUAUAGGAAACCAUCUUGUUUCAUGACCCCCAUUUUGGAAACUACAUAUUGUUUUAUGAUUUCCAUUUUUUUUUCUCAUUUUUUUUGUUAUCAGUGUAAUCACAAAUAAAUGACCAAUCUUUAUUAUGGAUACUGAUAGACAGCAGAAAAAACUACAGCUUUAUGCUUUUAUUGUCAACUGGAUAUAGAAAACGACAUCUUAUGACUUCCAUUUUCCCAUUCAAAUUUUUAUCAGUGUUAAAUAUUAAAUCAUCAUCAUUAUUCUCAGAGAUCUCUUGAUGCCCUAUGUUUCUAAUAUAUUUUUCUGUCAGUGUUUUGAGUUUACCUUAUGUUUCUAGUGGACAAAUUAUAUUUUUUCAGUGUUUGGAGUUUUUUUUUUUUAAUUUGAGGACAGUAGCAUUCACUUAAUAUGCCAAAGUAUGUUAUUAAUAGAAUUAUUAUAACUAUAUAUUUUUUUAAU